AUGAAGAUGAAGCCGUUCCUGCACGAACCAUCCUCUGAUCCCGUGAUACCUGAUGGAAGCCCUCUCAAAACUAUCGCAGAACGUAGCACUCCCACCAAACACUCUGUCAACAAUCCUAAACCUACCUCAGAACCAUCCGACCAUCUCUGGGACAGUGACCUUACCGACCUCUCGGACGAAUCUGACGAGGAGGAGGACCCACAUCGUUCCCAAGUCAGCAAUCCUUCUCCACCUCAUUUCGCGAAAGAUAAUUCCAGUAAGCGGAAACAACCCAUCAUCCAGUCUUCUGAUUCGGAAGAGGCUUCUGACUAUGACCACAAACCAUUCAAAAAGAAGAAGAAAAAGUCAUCCAGCAAGAAAGAUUCUGGUACCAAAUCUACUGACGGCAAGGGAAACACAAAAAAGAGCAAAAAGAAGAACGUAUUGACUAAGUCAGAGGACGGAAACGCUGGAGCUCCCAAAAGGAAAGUCCUGCUGGCCAAACAAGCCAGGUGGAAAGAUUUACCGAACUGGGGGAGCAGAACGGACUGUCCUCUGUUGGAACUUCCAAGAGAAAUCCUGGAUGAAUGUUUCGGUUCUACAUCUGGAUUGCAAAUCAGGGACUAUGUGGCUCUUGCUGGAGUGUCAAAGUUCUUCCGACAUGCUUUCACGGCUGAUGUCUUCCAUGAAAUUUGCUAUCACCAUAAAGCUAGCCUAACUACUGAUUGGCGUGUUGAAUCUCCCCUUUUGGUGUAUGUUACCUCUGUUCCCAGUCAUUACGUUCCGGAUGGUCCGAGGGAAGAAUGGACAGAAGCCCAGUAUAUCGUUUACAAGGAAGAACAGAUAAAAUGGAAAACAUCUCGAAAGGAAGCUCAUCUGAGAGCUGAAGAAGCAGCUAGCAAGAACGCCAAGGAACAAGCAUCUCAAAGAGGCAGGACCGUUUAUAUGAAUAGGAAACAUCGAAGGGUCUUAGCCAAGAUCGACGGUCGGAUAGAUGGUGAACCUGCAAUCGAGAAGGACCAUCACGGUAUUCCCAUAAAAACGAAACAAGACGAAGACGAAGGGAAAUCAAUGCUGCAACUUGCGCAGACCUCUGAUAUGUCCAAACAGCGUGUCCAUAAGAAGGGGAAGCAGCGUUUGCAUAGAGGUAUAUGGGUCACACCAGACUCGGACAGAGAAGAGGAAGAGGGAUUGAAGAUUGUUCUUUGGGAUCCGACGACUGGAGAGAAGAAGAUUCAUGAUCACUGGCCUAAUAAAUGGCGCCAGCACGCGGUGGACUGGAUGAGUAGACAAAGAAUAAAUAAGACUAAGGCGAAGAGGUCAUUCCGCGUCACAGACGCCGAGCUACUCUGCUUGAGGAACGUGCUGGUCCCAAAUCCUAUGAGUAGCAAACAACCACAACAAACCUUCAUGCAAGUCGCGGUCGAAGCUCUCUCUUUGAGAUCUCACGGAGGACCUAAAGGCCACGAAACUCAUCUGGAAAUGCUGCAAAAGACAUACAAUGAGCGAUCCCGCAAACGUGAAGCCAAAAACGACGAGGCGAAGGAGGACGGAACUUAUGUCUACAAGCAUAAGAAACGUUACGUUGCACCUUACGAGUGGCGGUACAGAGACGAGAUUCUCUAUUGGGAUGGCGAAUGCCGUUCAGAUUGCGAGGCGUGUAGUCACGGUCAUGCUCUUGGAUAG